GUCAGGGAAUUUGUCUGUAGACUGUGUUAAUUUUCAAUUAAAAAUACAAAAUAAAAAUCCAAUUUACUACGCCAAACUUUAUUUACUUACAUAAUGCAUAUAAUAAUAAUUGUUGCAAAAUAAAUACAAAAAUUAAAAGAUGACUAAAGCUACCUUUUUUUUCUCCAAAUUAAAUCUCUUCGAGCAAAUCCAAAUAGGACACCAAACUGGAGUUUUUGAUGUUUACAAAGAAAAAACCACAAAAACAAUUUACACAUAGUGAGUGCGACACAGUGCAUUGAAAUAUAUACAUAUGUAGAUAAUAAACACCUAGACAAUGAGCAAACGAUUUAGCCCGACGUGGGAAUCGAACCCAGGACCCUCGGCGCAACAGAGAGGGCCGCUAACUACCGACUACCGCACCACCGAAUCUUUCAGAACGUGUUCACGUCGUCGCUGUUACCAAAGGUGCAAAUGGAUCUUGUUCCACCAUUAGCUGCUGUUCAUGCAUGCAGCGUCCAACCAUUAGAAGAAUAUGACGGGCCUCGAGCGCCAUUGAUACGUCAAGUCUCCCUGGAUGAGGAACGUCGCGAUGACUGCCAGGGUCAUUGGCGUGGUCCAUAUCUUCAGGGCGAGGAGGAAGAAAGAGGAGUCAGGCUAUUUAGAGCGUUGUUGCUACAGCACUUGAGGUUAGAGGAACUCAGGCCCCCGCCAUGUAUGUUGGCGUCCGCAAAACCUGACCAAAGGGGCUGGUGGUUGUAUUGGCGAGACUGGAGGUCGUUAGAGCGGGCGGCCAGAAGAUUUAGGGAAACGAAAGCCAGGGCAAGAUUGGCCGAAAGGGCGGAGCACAUCCCUCUACUGAGCUUAGACGAAGUGGAAUUUGAGGAUAUUAUGCAAGAACUUUGCCAGGCUUGUGCUCACGUGGAACAGAGAGCCUUGGUGGUGUUAGCGUUCUUGUGCGAGGUUUGUGCUCGCGCUGUCAGAGUUGGGGGCUGGUGUAGAGCCGCGGAAUGGUCGGCCAAACACGUGGCCCAAUGCGCCACACCUUGGGCCAUACGGCAUGGUGGCUGGAGUCAUGUAGUUGAACGUGCCGGCGGGGCGCGCAGAGACGAAACAACACUACUUGCCGGCGCGGCGGUCGCGGCCAUACUGGCGUUUCUUUUGUUUUGUCGCGCUCGGCUGCGUCAAGCUUUGAUGUAACUACCCACAUCAUACCUUGGAGCGUCUCCCGGUGGUCGAUUCUGCGAAGCAUUGCUCUUGCUAGGGCCAGUGUUCCGGUUUGAGCCCCGUGAGCUCACCUACAUGUUAGGGUGAAGCUGAAAUAGUCUCUCAAGGCUAUCAGCACAGGUAGAAAAAAAGGAGCGUCGAUACGUAAAAACUUGAACUGGCAAUACCAAUGUUGAAGGCUGGCCAAAUUGUCUUAGACAAGUCAACGAGAGCCUUAGUAUCUUUUGGAUAUACUUUUACAAGAAAAUGAAUGGGAUUGGAACGAUUUCUAAAUAAAUAUAUUUAUAAUCAUAAAUUACCUUAGUCGUAUAUGUGAUUAGGAAAUAUUAUGUAGUGAACAAUUAUUUUAUUAAGAAUGUUAUUGUUAUAUUAUAUUAAGGGACUUAGUUCAUGUACUAUGUUUGUUGUUCUUUGAAAGGUUUUAAUGGAUACAAUUCUCACUAUCUACGUAAUUUUUUUUCUUCUGUUCAUCGGCGCGGUGACUACAUUUGUAAAAGUUUGCAAUGUUAUCCUAUAAGGAUAUUUUAUGUAUGAACAGAGUGUGUCUUGAUAUAAAACACUACGCUAUAUUGUAUCUAUGUAAAUUUAACGAUACACACACUGGUAAGGUAAUGCAUUUUUAAUUGUCUGUACAAUUUUGUUUAAAGGAUAUCGCAAUAAUUAAAGUAACUGCAUAAAACUAAACACAAAA